UCUGAUCAGACAUGGCUCGUACUAAGCAAACUGCUCGUAAGUCCACCGGCGGAAAAGCGCCCCGGAAACAGUUGGCCACUAAAGCCGCUCGUAAAAGUGCCCCUGCUACCGGUGGAGUGAAGAAGCCGCAUCGUUUUCGUCCGGGGACGGUGGCCUUGCGGGAAAUUCGCCGCUAUCAAAAGUCGACUGAAUUGCUGCUUCGCAAGUUGCCGUUCCAACGUUUGGUUCGGGAAAUUGCCCAGGAUUUCAAGACGGAUUUGCGGUUUCAAAGUUCCGCUGUAAUGGCCCUUCAGGAAGCAAGUGAAGCUUAUUUAGUUGGCUUGUUCGAAGAUACGAAUUUGUGCGCUAUCCAUGCUAAACGUGUCACCAUUAUGCCGAAGGACAUUCAGCUGGCUCGCCGAAUUCGUGGAGAACGCGCUUAAUCAUUGAUCCCCCGUUUCCCUUUCCCCCAAUCACAA